GUGUUAAUUUUUGACGGAAAAUUUUUUAAAUUCAUUUUUAAGGAAGUUUUGAGUGCAGAUUUACGUGCUGUCAACUGUUUCCGUCAUUUAGGCUCACAAUUGGAAGAAACUAAAAAAAUGAUUGGCAAAAUGUUGUUGGAGGAAUUUGAACAGGUUAUUCAAAAAGAAUUUGCUUGGCCUAUUGAAGAACAAAAACGAAAACAAUUUUUUGAUGAUGAAGAAGAAGAGGAUGGAGAGUUUAUCUUAGGGUGUGAAAUUAGUGCUAGGGGAGGAGUAGGAACCUUAGAACCUUCAUAAGGGAACCUUCCAAACUGUGACCAAAAAUUUUUAAAUAAAAAUUAUGCCUCGUGUAGAGCAUAGUCGAAAACGUAUAUUGUGUGGUGCCAGGCUUUUCUUCC